AUGAAAACUGGUUUUGGUGGAGAAGGCAUGCUUAAGGUCCAGACGUCAGCCACAUCCGAUCAUAGUGUGCUUCUAUAUCAGUCCAAGGACAUUAAUGAUGAUACAUGGGGUCCGAAGCCGUUUAGAUUCUUUAAGUCUUGGUUGACGGACAGGGAAGGUAAGGUAGUGAUGCUUGAAGCUUGGAGAGGUGAGGCUCGGGGCUGCCCAAUGAUGCGCCUCUUUCUUAAGCUUAAUCGCCUGCAUAAGGCUCUUCUACAUUGGAACAGACAUUCUUUUGGUAAUCUUAGUGACAACAUCACCACCCUUCAAAGCCAGCUAGAGGAAAGCAGGGAGCAUAUGGAACAAGGGGUGGAAGGUGCGAUUGAUGAGGAACACGGAGUGAGGAAGCAACUAUCUCAGGCCCUUCUCAUGGAAGUGGUAAUGUGGAAACAAAGAUCGCGUAUUCGUUGGCUUGCGGAAGGCAAUAAGAACACCUCCUUUUUUCAUGAGAUGGCUAAGUCUUGGCAAGCUAAACGAAAGAUUAUAAGUAUAGAGUAUGAUGGCACUAAAUAUGUACAGAGUAGACAGAUUCUUGAAGUGCGCACUGCUUAUUUUCGCAGGGUGUUAGAUAUAGAUGAAGCGCAAGGAAUGUUAUUUGAGGGUGUUGAUACUAUACCUACAGGAAACUCACACCACUUCAGCACACACUUGACCCACUUGUAG